AGAGAAGACAGUGUGUCAAUACGUUGAUGAUGUACAGAGCUGGUACUUGGGUUUAGAUAAACACUUCCGGUGACCAAUGUCAUUUUCCGCUCCAUGUCAUAGUGUGAGAAACAAGUUGAGAUUACCUCAUCAUCAUAAACUCUGUAUGGACGUUAGUAUGGUUUAAACGUGUAAGCAUGCCAAGGACUGUUAAACAGAGAUCGUCAUCAUUCCGAGCCCUGGUGUUUUACAUUUUUCUGACAGAACAAGUCAUUUCUUAUGAUCCCCUAGUGAUUCCAAACUUCAGUUCCGCCAUAUUGAGUUCCAUACUUCCGGGAGGAUACGAAGGAGUUAGAGCCGUGGACGGUAGACCCGACUUAUUACAGGCGACACCUGGCGGAUCCUGUUCUCAUUCAGGCCUCGAACAAGGAUUCGCCUGGCUUAGGAUCGACCUGCGUAGAGUUUACAGUCUCUACCAAGUCCAGACCUGGUACCGAAACGAUCGAGGAUCACCUCGGUUAAAUACUGAAAGAUUUCGUGGUUAUAUUAUCGGCGUCACAAAUGACUCAUCAUUAAUCCCACCAAAUGAAGUUUGCUUCCGGCAUAACGCUGGCUUACAAACCAUCAUCCCGAUCCCGACUUUUAACAAUUGUACACGAGUCGCCAGGUACGUCUGGUUCUUCAAGAACGGUCCCGCAUCGCCUGAUGAUUUUGGCCAAAUCUUUCUAGAGAUCUGUGAAGUUCAAAUUUUGGGUUGUGAGCUCAACCAUUACGGAGAGAAUUGCACGGAGUGUAGUUUCGGAUGUGGAAAUUGUGACAUCAUUUCCGGAUGCACGUACUGUCUGCCUGGUCAUCUGGAACCACCAGACUGCGACUGUCCUUUUGGGAAAUACGGCCUAGGUUGUACACAGAACUGUAGUGGUAACUGCGCCAAUAACGAGAACUGUGAUAUACAGAUAGGGGAAUGUAGAAACGGGUGUCUGCCGGGAUAUCUGGGAAACGCCUGUGACCAGAGUUGUAUGCCAGGAUUUUAUGGGAAUAUGUGUACAGAAAAUUGUAGUAGGAAUUGCCUGGAUGACGAUCCUUGUAACCAUAGAGACGGGAGCUGUGACCGAGGCUGUGCUCCUGGAUGGAGGGGGUUACGAUGUAAUCAAGAAAUUGUAGUUAAUCCGCGUGGUGCUUCCCCUUCCGGUCCAGAGGUAUCCGGAAGUACUAUAGCUGGAAUUACAACCGGGGUACUCUUUGCUGUUAUUAUCGUUGGUGUUGCUGUUGUCCUUGUUAACAAGUUUCAGAAAAAGCAAACACCAGAGUACAAGGAUUUCGUGUAUCAACGAAGUCUAAAACGAAGUAUCAAACUUAACAGAGGCGUCACUAACAGUUCCAUUAAGCUGGUGGAUGAUACGCCUGAGGAACAGGAAGAUCGUCAAAGCCAAGGCAGCAAUACAUCCUCCUUGUAUUAUAAUACUAAUAUAUCACAUGACUCGUUUUAUCUCGCCUCCAAACAUAUAAGAGUCGGUAGUAUUUCUACUGUCAUAAAAACCAAGUCAAGAGACAGUUUCAGAAUUUUCCUAAAAGAAUUCAAGGAUAUACCAUAUGGAGAACAGAGCAGUAUUCCGUGCACAGUAGCCAAGGAACCCCGAAACAAAUCCAGAAACAGAUUCAAAACCACGUUUCCAUAUGACCAUUCUCGUGUGAUUCUUGAGUCUCCGGAGAACGACUACAUCAACGCUAACUUUAUAAGGGACAUAGAUGGAAAUAGAAGAUAUAUUGCCUCACAAGGCCCAAAACCUAACACGGUGGCGGAUCAUUGGUUGAUGAUCUGGCAGGAGAACGUGACUGUUAUCAUCAUGCUGACUAACUUAGUAGAAGGAGGCAAGAAAAAAUGUGAUAAAUACUGGCCAGACUUGGGAGAAGAAACAACGUACGGAAACAUUGAUGUUCGCUUAUUGAAAGAAAAGCAAUACGCUUAUUACAUCAUCCGUCAUCUUCAAGUGCGACGAAAUUCCGAAUCAACAACUAGGCACGUGAUCCAAAUGCACUACACUCAUUGGCCAGAUCAUGGUGUCCCUGACCCCGUAGAUUUGAUGAUCUUUCAUAAACACGUGGCGCGGAUCGAGGAAAAAAGCAAGAGUAGUUUUGUAUUGGUCCAUUGUAGUGCAGGUAUUGGGCGCACUGGGACCUUCCUGGCGUUAAAUGAGUUGUAUCGCUGUGGUUCUUCAAAUGGAACAUUUAACGCUGUAGACUACGUUAAAAUGAUGAGAGAAGAUCGCAUGAAUAUGAUACAAAAUGUGGACCAAUACGUCUGUCUUCAUUUUGCAUUGAACGAAUCAUUCAAAGGGAAACAAGUGGUGAAGGAUAAGGUAUCUUUCUUAAAGAAACAAAGAGAAGAUCCGAGUGGUUCCGAACUGACAUCAGAAUUCGAAGAGCUUCUGUCCACUAAAAAGAAAUAUCUAGAAGCUGACAUGGAGUCUGGAUUGUCACACAAAGAGCUGAACUACACAAAGGAGGUUCUACCAGUUGACAGGUACAAGGUGGCCCUUUCCUCGUAUGUUGAAGGACGAACUUAUUACUACAACGCUGUCUUCGUGUCUUCUUUCUGUGAUAACAACGCCCUGUUUGCCGCCCAGUACCCCGUGGAGGGUCAGGCCAUAGAUUUCCUCCGACUUCUGGUGGACCACGAAUCCAACACUCUCGUAUCUAUCAACCCUCUCAAGGAUAUACCAUCGUCACGGGAAUGGCUCCCUAAAGACGAAAACUCAAUCAAUGUUGAAUCAUAUACGGUUACCAAGACAUCCUCCUCGACAAUAACACCUUCUGUCCAAAAAACUGAUAUACUGAUAAAGAAUGAUGAGUCUGAGACACAGGAAGUUAGUAUAUACGAAUUAACCACAUGGAAAAUGAAUGACGUCAUACCACGUGAUCUUCAAAUGGUUGCAGAUGUCAUUUAUCACGUGAUGAAGAGAAAUAAAUUGUCAAAAAAUCCAAUAACCAUUGUAUCAAAAGAUGGUGCAACAGGUUGUGGUCUGUUCUGUGCAGUGUACAAUGCCCUUCAACAAUUACGUCAGGAUGACGAAGUAGACAUGUUUACUAUAGUCAGACAGUUACAGAUCCGAAGACCGGAAAUGAUCUCAUCAAAGGAGGAUUAUACAGCCUGUCAUAAGAUUGCUGCGUCAACUCUAGAGGAUUAUCCGAAUGAACCUGGUGAUGAAAGCGUCCCAGAAAUAGAGGAAACAUCACGUGGUUAUUACUGCAACGUAGAUAUAGUUUAUAGUAAUUGAUAGAAUGUGUGCCAAUGUGUGACAUGUGACUUCUAUGAGCAUCGUAUAAUCUGUUUCUGGUGUUUUUGAUAUGCUCAAAUAAUUCACGUUAUUUUUAAGCAUCAAUCGCGUAUUGAGUUAAAAAAUUGUAUUGAAGAAAAUAACAUGAAUAAUGAAAAACCAUGUACACCUGUGUUUGCAUUGGUAAAUAACUAAGUGAG